AUGUGUCUGAUCGCUACUUGGCUCAGUGUUUUCGCUAUUGUUCCGUUGACUCUGGCUUCGUGGCCUUUAUCCUCCUUCUUUGACACUGAAGAAAUCUCGGAAAGCCCCUACAGCAACGAUGAGCCCGAUGUCAAAGUCGAGACGCUCUUUCAAUUCCCCAACAAUGGCUCAUGGAUCGACAAUAUAGUAGUUCGGUCGGAUGGAAGCCUUCUUUUCACACGCCUCGAUACCCCCGAUGUUUGGCUUCUCAACACCACCAGCGGAAACGCGACUUUGGCCUACUCAUUCCCCAACGUGACAAGCACCUUCGGAAUCAGCGAAAUUGACGACGAUGUUUUUGCUGUUGUGGUCGGUAACUUUUCUACCAAAACCUACAAGCCAGAUGCAGGCUCCUUUUCUGUCCAGAGGUUGGAUUUCAGCACUCUCAACGCAACAGAAAAUGAGCGCGCCUUGGAUGGCCCGUCUGCAUCGAAGAUUGCUGCGCUGCCAGAAGCUAUAGCUCUAAACGGCAUGGCCACUUUUUCAAGGGAGUCCAACUUGGUUUUGAUUGCCGAUAGCCCCAAGGGCGCCGUGUGGAGGGUUAAUACGAAGACAGGCGACUAUUCUGUCGCGUUAAACGAUACCACGAUGUUGCCGGCAAAGGGUCCCCUUCCUCUCGGAGUCAACAGUGUUACGGUGCUUGGCAACUACGUCUACUAUACUAGUACAACACGCAUGGAGUACGGUCGGGUCAGGGUGGACAAGGAAGCCAACCCAGUUGGAGAAUUCGAAAUUAUUGCUAGUGGAUUCUUGCCGGACAACCUUGAGGUAACCAAUGAUGGCAGUGCCUACAUUCCUACCGAUCCUCAAAACUCUGUUGUCCGUAUCACCCCGUACGGUCAGAUUUCGCUCGUCGCUGGUGGCCAAAUAUCCACGGAGCUACCUGGUCCAACCUCGGUACGGUUGAGCAAGAACCGACAAAUUCUUUACGUUGGGACUAGCGGCGGGCAAAUUGCGCCUGUUUUGGGCACGUUCAUUGAGCCAGCGAAGAUUGUUAAGAUUACAUUGAAGUGA